GCCGAGAUAGACAGACUAGAUAUAAACCACUCUCUCUUUUCCCUCCCUGACCACCUCGAGUAACCAUUAUAGUGAACUCUUAUCCAUCAAAACUACGUCGCUAAAGAUUUUAAAACUUUUUUAUUACACCUAUAUCUCAUCACAUCUCUAAAAUGUCUGCCGGUAAAGCUGUCGGUAUCGAUCUCGGAACCACAUACUCUUGCGUUGGUGUAUGGCAAAAUGAUCGUGUCGAAAUCAUCGCCAACGAUCAAGGAAACCGAACCACACCUUCUUACGUAGCCUUCACUGAUUCCGAACGAUUGAUCGGUGAUGCCGCCAAAAACCAAGUGGCAAUGAACCCCCACAACACCGUUUUCGAUGCCAAGCGUCUGAUUGGUCGUAAAUUCGCGGAUGCGGAUGUUCAAGAUGAUAUGAAACACUGGCCCUUCAAGGUCAUCGACAAGGGUGGCAAGCCUGUCAUUUCCAUCGAAUACCGGGGUGAGACUAAGGAAUUCACUCCUGAGGAAGUCUCAUCCAUGGUUCUCCUCAAGAUGAAGGAAACCGCUGAAGCUUAUCUUGGAACUACUGUUGCCAAUGCAGUGGUCACUGUCCCUGCCUACUUCAACGACUCUCAGCGACAAGCCACCAAGGACGCCGGUUUGAUCUCGGGCCUCAACAUCCUCCGUAUCAUCAACGAACCUACUGCUGCCGCCAUCGCAUACGGUCUUGACAAGAAGACCGUUGGUGAGCGUAACGUGCUCAUCUUCGAUCUCGGAGGUGGUACUUUCGAUGUCUCUCUCUUGACCAUCGAGGAGGGUAUUUUUGAGGUCAAAGCCACUGCUGGUGACACUCACUUGGGUGGUGAAGAUUUCGACAACCGUCUUGUUAACCACUUUGUGACUGAGUUCAAACGCAAGAACAAGAAAGAUCUCUCCGGUAAUGCUCGGGCUGUACGACGACUUAGAACUGCUUGCGAACGUGCCAAGCGAACUCUCUCCUCCGCUGCCCAAACGUCUAUCGAAAUUGACUCUCUCUUCGAGGGUGUUGACUUUUACACAUCUCUCACCCGAGCUCGAUUCGAGGAACUCUGCCAAGACUUGUUCAGAAAGACCAUGGAGCCUGUUGAGAAGGUGUUGAGAGACUCCAAGAUUGACAAGGCCAACGUGCAUGAGAUCGUAUUAGUUGGUGGUUCUACCCGUAUCCCUCGUGUCCAGAAACUUGUCUCAGACUUCUUCAACGGUAAGGAGCCCAACAAGUCUAUCAACCCCGAUGAGGCUGUUGCCUACGGUGCCGCUGUCCAGGCUGCUAUUCUCUCCGGUGAUACUUCCGAGAAGACUCAAGACCUUCUCCUCCUGGAUGUUGCACCUCUCUCGCUUGGUAUCGAGACUGCCGGUGGUGUUUUCACUCCUCUUAUCCCCCGAAACACAACAAUUCCCAACAGAAAGUGUGAAGUAUUCUCAACCUACUCCGACAACCAAGCUGGUGUCAACAUUCAAGUUUUCGAGGGUGAACGUGCUCGUACCAAGGACAACCACCUGUUGGGUAAAUUUGAACUCACUGGUAUCCCUCCUGCUCCUCGUGGUGUUCCUCAAAUCGAAGUCACCUUCGAUGUGGAUGCCAACGGUAUCCUCAACGUUUCUGCUUCCGACAAGACCACUGGUAAAUCCAGCCGAAUCACCAUCACCAAUGACAAGGGUCGUCUGUCGAAGGAAGACAUUGAGCGCAUGGUGAGCGACGCUGAGAAGUACAAGUCUGAAGAUGAAGCUGCUGCAUCAAGAAUCCAAGCCAAGAAUGGUCUCGAAUCCUAUGCCUACAACCUCAAGAACUCUGUCGAAGGUGACUUGAAGGACAAAUUAGAUGCUGGAGACAAAGCCACUCUCGAAAAAGAAAUCUCCGAAACAAUCAGCUGGUUGGAUGGUGCUCAAGAGGCUGCCAAGGAAGAAUACGAGGAGCGACAAAAGACUCUCGAAGGUGUUGCUAACCCUAUCAUGAUGAAAGUAUACGGUGCUGGUGGCGCCCCUGGUGCUGGCGGUCCUGGCGGUGCUCCUGGUGGUUUCCCUGGUGCUGGUGGCGCUCCCGGUGCUCAUGCCGAUGAACCUUCUGUGGAGGAAGUUGAUUAAGUGCCACGUGUUCAUCCCAUCAAUCCCAAAAAAACCUCGGUUUAAAUUUCUCCUUCACUCUGUAGACCAAGUUUUCAAGAUACCUUUUACCUCUUGUGUACAUUUCACCAAUUUUAAUGAAAACGAGACCGAUUUUUGAUGCAUCUCUUCGUUUUAUGUGCAAGUCUUAUUUACCUUUGUGAAUUUCUUUUUUAUGAUGUUUACGAUUUUUUUUGAAGAGUUGCGUUCGUAAUGAAAGUUCCUUCCACCUCAAUGCUUUUUCCC